CUCGUUCAGUUUUUUUCCUUUAAUUUGCGAUUUCCUAUAAUUUGGUUUAAUAUGCAGUUUAUUGCAUUACACAGCUUUUUAGCAAUAAAUGAGUAUUGAUAGUGCAUUGUGCUUCGAAAAUUUAUAAUUUGCAUCACACGAAAACCAUACGAACGAAAACAGUUUAGUUAUUAUUAGAGUUUGUGAAAUGCAUGAUGAUUUUUGGAGAAAUUGACUGAAAUUUUUGGCAGCGUAGGGGCGCUAUGUGUUAUUUAUAGAAACCGGGAGAUUAAAUAUAUACGUAAUAGUUUUUUUCAUAUCCGCCGACGCAAGUGAUUUUUCUUCAACCUUGCAAAUAAGCUGAAACGAAAAUAGCAGAAAUCAUUUGCGUAGCAGACAAGCACACUCUGUAGAAGAAGGUGAAUAGAUAGAAGAAAAGCAAAGUGGUCAUGGGAGAUCAAGUGAAGCGCAAGAAUGUGACCAAAGUAUAAAAAAUAGGUUCAUACGGUUUUUCCACAUCCUGAGUUUAUGUAAUAAUCAUUUGCCAAAAACCAAAGAAGAACGUGAUUGCAGCUAGAAAGUGAAACGAAAUAAAAAGGUUGUAUUGAGUGCACCAAAAAACAACCAACAAGUAAUAACCUAGUCAUUUCGGUCAGUGGUGCGCGAAAAGGAAAUAUAGAGUGAAAAUUGUCGAAACACCAGCAAGCAGCAGAAACGGAGGUGAAAACUGAAAGUUUUCCCCUCGGAAAGCAUUUACUAGCGAACGGGAGGCAAACUGCAUCUUCCCCACAGUGGGAUCGAUAAAAAAGCAGCAAAGAAAGUAAUAGUGAAAAUCAUCGGUUUGGAAGUUUCCGAAACAGCUGCUGCUGCCAUCCAGCACAAUGGCAACAACGGCCAACAGUCGGCCAAGUGAGCCGAACGGUGGCACGCUGGGGCCGCGGAAAACACUGAUCAUCAUGGUGACGGUGGUGGGAUGCAUUGCGAUACUGUGGCCUAAAGUUUUCUACCCGAUGAUGGUUGGGCCCACGCAGACAAAACCCAUCAUCAAGGAUCAUCGCGGAUCAGGUUGUUGCGAUGUUGUGUUAGAUCAGGAGGAAACUUUUGCCAAUGUGUCGAUCAACGUUCCCAACCAGCAGAAUCUUUUCCGCAAACGGAUUAUAGGACCCGCAGUGGAAGACCACAGUAUACGGCAAGAAAGACCACCGCACCUGCGACCAGAGACCAUUCAUCCUGCUAUGCGGGAACGAGGUCGAGCGAUACCGGCUGGAUCGGUGCAUAGCGAGCGACCGCAGUCACCACCCAGGAUCGUCGAGGGCAGGCCCGGUCCCAUACCUGGUAUGCGCCCGCCUAUGGGAGCUGGAUCGCAUCAGUCUACAAAAUCCGCCAACUCAAUGGGUUUCAUAAUGCCACUCUAUACCAUCGGUAUUGUUUCAUUCUUCAUCUACACAAUACUGAAACUUAUAUUCAAGAAAACGCCGGCCACGCCUUACCCGGAGAUUAAACCAGACACGACUUUUAGGAACGAGGUGUUCACUGCCCCAGACCAACCAUAUAUCAAGCGACCAGACAGUGGAACCACUAAGCUAGGACAACCGAUCGCAAAUGGAGAGAACGGUGCACCAGUUUCAGUGGGACCAGUGUCCAAUGGUAGCGCAAGUGCUAGCUUCAACCACUCGGUUCAGGCGGAAAUCAGCGUUGAUUAUCAACAGCUGGUCACGAAACCUGAAUCACCCCCUGCAACGACAGACUCGAGAAACGCAGCUGAAGAACCGGUGACUGAACAUACCGGUCCAGUAGAGCAGGGCAAUGAUGAAGCUAGUAGCGUAACCGAAGCGACCAACGAUAAAGAACAAGUGCAACCCGAAUACGACCCUGCUAUCGAAAAGUUAGUUGACGGAAUCGUAGUACAGAAGGUUGUGCAACUUAACGAAGAGGCAUCGACCAGUGAGAAUAUUGAGCGAGUAGCUAGUGAAGUGGUAGAAGAAGUUCUACAGGAGGCCGAGAGUGAGAUCAACGAAGCUGCCGAAGCUGCAGCUGUUAAACUGGUGGAGAAAGUAGUAGAACAAGCGGAAGCUACAGUGCUUGCUACAGAAAUUCCAGAAGUUCUAGAAACACAUGAGGAAGAAUCGACUUCUCCUAAUGCAACAUAUAUAUAUCAAAGAAGACCAAUCUAUAACGUCUCGUUGCUUUUUGCUGACGAUGUUGUUCAAGCAAUUCUCGAAACAGAUCAAAAGGCUACUGAUGUAGCAACUGAAUUGGUGCAAGAAACUAUAGUUGAUAGUAAACCUUCAGAAACAAUUCCAAUAGAGCAAACUGCGCUAGUUGCUGACGCAACAAAUAUAGUAACCGAAGCCGAAACUGCUUUGGAAGCCAUUGUCAACGCUGAAACAGUUAAAGACACUAUAAAGGGUGUCACGUUCGAUGAUGAAGUGAUUGUUGUUGAUGCUCCUAUAGCAGCAGAAGUUGAAACAAUAACCGAUACUUUGGUCGACGCUGAAGAAGCAACUAUCAAAGCAUUGGCGGAAGCGAUCGACCAAGAAGCGGAGGACAUUGGAGCUGUUGCCGAGGGACUUGUUAAUGAAGUUCUUGAUGAGAUACAAGAAAUUGUUAAUGAGAAGGAAGUAUUGGAACCGACUCAGGCGCCAAGCUACGAUUCGGCUACCCAAGCUCUAGUUUCUUCUUCUGAUAAUGAGGCUGUUGUUGAAUCCGAACCAAAAUAUUCUGAAGAAAAAACGAAUGAAUCUUCAGAUUCUUUUGAAAAUGAGACCUCAUUUACCGUAGAAGUCGACGCGGAAGAGGCAGUCAUCAAAGCAGAAGCAAUUUCCCAGCAAGCUGAAGAGGCCGAAGUUGUAGCCACUGCCGAGGAACUUGUAAAUGAAGUUCUAGAUCAGGCUCAAGAAAUCGCAAAGGAGAAAGGAGCUCUGGAACAUGUUGAGGCUGCUAGUCACGAUCCGGCCAUGCAAAAACAAGUAGAUGAUGCACUGAUCGAUGGUUUUGCAUAUGAUGCUGACGAUAAAAAUUUCAGAAAAAGCCUUGAACAGUCUUCUGUAGAAGAAGUUGUGGAAUCGAUUUCGAUCAAGGAAGUCAAUUCCGAGUUGAACAGCGCACCUUCUCAGCAAACAAUAAUUUCAGAGAAUGAUGUAGUUCAACCAGCUGGAAUCUGUUAA